AUGAAAAUGGCGGGCGAACUGGAAGCUAUGGCAAAACACGAAGACAAGGAUAUACUCAACGGCGCCCCGCUUCAGCACGACGAAGGAGAAGCUCAAGGCGACUCCAAUCGGAAUUUCAUUAACAAGAAGGACAUGCCGCUGGCCAACGCUCGCGGACUGCUGCAACGCGCCGACGGAAAUUUACUGAACAUUCGCGCUGAUGACGACAGCAUCGUUUUGCAGAUUCCGGGAGGUUCAAGGCGUUUCCUCGAUCGCAACGAUACUUACUGCCAGGCGCCCGACUUU